GAUUUUUCCCCCUAUUCCUCCGUCGGUUGCGCUUCCUCCGCCUGCGAUUUAAAUCUAUCUCGUCGCCGAUUCGCCUCGAUUCUCUCAUAUUUCGGGCGGUCGAUUAGGAGCGCAAGGCGAACGCCGCACGCACGACGAUUCUCUUGGGCUUGAGCUCGGUGCGUUGCCGAUUCCCCUCGAUUCUCUCAUAUUUCGGGCGAUCGAUUAGGAGCGCAAGGCGAAGGACGCACGCACGACGAUUCUCUUCGGCUUGAGCUCGAGGUGUGCUCUGAGAAAUGCAGAGGGGCAGAGGGGGACAAGAUGAAUUCUUCGGUAUGGGAGAUCCAUUUGCGGAGUUUGGUGGCUUUGGAAGAUCGAGGAGUCUGAUGUCUAGUUUUUUAGGUGGGAGGGAUCCCUUUGAUGACCCUUUCUUUACCCGACCAUUUGGGAGCAUGAUGGGCCAAAGCAUGUUUGGACCGAGCAUGAUUGGUCCUGGCAUGUUUCCUGACCAAGGAAGCUUCUUUGGAGAGACUAGCAAUCCUCAGUUCUUGGAGCAGGGACCCUCUGCCAAUAUGCUGAAGGGCUCAAUAAUUCAGGAGCUUUCUGAUGAUGAUGACAACAAAGAAGAGAGGAACGGAAAGGAGAAGAUAAAGGAUACAAAAAACCAUUCUAGAACACAUAAAGGGCCAUUUGUUCAGGAACCUGAUGAAGCCGUUGAAGUUAUACAAAACAAGAGCAGGCAUGUACACAGUUGGAACAAUUUCAACCAUCCCAAUAUGAUGCAAUCACAGGGUAACACUUUUUCUUUCCAAAGCUCAUCCGUUACUUAUGGUGGUCCAAAUGGUGCAUAUUAUACUUCAUCCAUGACCAGGAGAAUGGGUGGCAAUGGAGUUGUUAUGGAGGAGAGUAAGGAGGCCGAUAGUACUACUGGUAGAGCUGCCCACAGGAUAUCCCGUGGGCUUCGUGACAAAGGUCACUCGGUCACAAGAAAACUGAAUUCAGAUGGAAGGGUAGACACAGUGCAAACAUUGCAUAAUCUGAAUGAAGAUGAGAUACCUAUUUUUGAAGAAACUUGGAAAGGGAAUGCUAGGCGACACUUGCCUGGAUGGAACCAGGGUCAUGAUUUGCUCAGGAAUCAGAACUUCAGGAGUGGCAGUAACAGGAGGCAAGAAGCUCCAAGGGGGUGGGCUCUUCCAUCAACUGAGAAACCACAUGGCUCUUCCAAAACCAAUGGCUCCAGCAAAUGAAACCCACAGUUGUUUUAGCUUAGUAGCCAAUCCAUACUAUCUUUGGUUCAUGAUCACGUUCGAUUUAAUUCUUGUAUUUCUGAACAAAUGCAAUUGAUGAUUUACGAAUGGAUUCUAAGACCCAGUACCAGACAAGUCGACUUAUGUGUGUAUCUUUCCCCAUUUUAAGAUCCUGCUGCUGAUAGAAAAAACAAAUUUUGAUCA